AUGCCUCUACCCAGAUCCCGCUGUGGAUUAGCGGAGACUGGGGCCUGCAUUUCCCACUCAGAAAGCCAGGCUGGGGACCAUCCAGUGCGAGAGGUGCUGCUGGUGGAAUCGCUCCGGAAGCAGGUGGCAGAGCUGCAGGAGGAGGUGGCUGGGCUGAGGAGCAGCAGUGCCCGUGAGGAAUUCCUCGAGUGUAUUCACAUGGAGACAUCCAAGGCUGAGGACGCUACCCAGCUACAGAGGAUUGCUGUCACACCACCGGGGCAGGAGGACAUGGCUCUGUCACAGGAAGGAUACUGGCUGCUGGUGACUUCCGGCAGCAGGCAGUGCUUCACCCCUACUCCCAACCCAUCCACCACGAUAUUAAACCUUUUCCACCUUGUCCCAUCACAUGUCCGUCGUGCUGCUCAGCCCCCCGCUCUGCCUCCUGGAGGGCCGGGGGUUGAGCGAAGAGGGGCUGUUCCCUCGCAGUGCGGGGGCUCUGUGACUGGGUGGAAGUGCCACUCUCCUGACCUGCCUGGCCACGGCUCUGAGGCUCCUGCUUGUCUCCCCCUCCCUUCCCGCAGGCUGGCUGCCCAGAGCGUCUCCCAGGUGGUGCCCCUCUUCCUGGACGGGGAGGUCUCCUUCCUGCCCCAGGACAGCUUCCCCUGCCCCUUCCAGCCGUUCCAGGGCGGGCAGCACGUGGCAGCACAGAGACGCCUCGUCGCCCUGCUCAUGGCCUUCGUCUGCUCCUUGCCCAGGAACGUGCCGAUUCCCCAGCAGGACAGGCUGCUGCAGGAGCUGCUGGCUCUGAGCUGCUCCUGCGACUGCCCCUUCACUGCCACCGCGGCUGCCAAGUGCUUCGCGGGGCUGGUGAACAAGUACCCGCCAGGGCAGCAGCUGGACCAGCUCUUAGAGACAGCGGUGAACAGGAUGGAGGCCGGCCUUGCCGAGGGCCCGCUCAGAACCCAGGCCCUCGCCCUGCUCCUCUGGGUGACCAAAGCCCUGGUGCUGCGCUACCAUCCGCUGAGCUCCCGCCUGACAGACAAGUUGCUGGGCCUCCUGGGUGACGCAGAGCUGGGCCCCGCGGUGGCCGACGGCUUCUCCCUGCUCAUGGCCGACUCCCCAGAUGUGCUGCACAAGGGGUGUCACGCUGACGUGCGCAUCAUGUUCCGCCAGCGUUUCUUCACUGACAACGUGCCCAAGCUGGUCCAGGGCUUCCACGCUGCCGGCCCCGGCGUGAAGGCGAAUUACCUGAAGGGCCUGUCCCAUGUGCUGAACCACCUGCCCAGGCCGGUGCUGGUGACGGAGCUGCCCACGCUGCUGUCCCUGUUGCUGGAGGCCUUAUCCUGCCCGGACUGCGUGGUGCAGCUCUCCACCCUCAACUGCCUGCAGCCCCUGCUGCUGGAGGCGCCGCAUGUCAUGAGCCUGCACGUCGACACCUUGGUCACCAAGUUCCUGGGCCUGACCUCCAGCCCCGCCAUGGCCAUCCGCAUCGCUGCACUGCAGUGUGUCCACGCGCUCACCAGCCUGCCCAUCCCCGCGCUUCUCCCUUACAAGCCGCGCGUGAUCCGGGCCCUGGCCAAACCCUUGGACGACAUGAAGCGGCUGGUGCGGAAGGAGGCGGUGGUGGCCCGUGGGGAAUGGUUCCUGCUGGGGAGCCCAGGCAGGUGAGGCCCUGCCCGCACUGACUGACAAUCUAACCAGGAACCCACUAACCAGCCAAGCCUCCCAGAGCGGGGCGGGAAGGACAGCAGCCCCUGCCCGGGGCCGGCCGGCUCCUAGCACAACGUCGGCGCUGCGGGGCGGGGCUGCCCCGCUCCUGCUGCCUGCAGUGCUGGAGGGAAGGCAGGCGCCGCGCCCCCUGGCCGUGCACACUUGUAGGCGGCGCGUGGAAUCCAUGGGCCAGCCCAAUAAACACACGUUUUGCUAA